AUGGGCCGCUUGUUCAAAGAAUAUCUGAGUGACCCUCGCGUCUACAUCUGUGCCAACUGCCAUACGCAUCUCGCAGCGCACGACUCGCUAGUUUCCAAGAGCUUUCAAGGGCGCCUCGGCCGAGCUUAUCUCUUCAACGAUGUGGUCAACAUUGAUGUGGGCCCUGCACAGGAAAAGAUGCUCAUCACAGGCCUUCACUCCAUUUGCGAUGUCCACUGCAACAUAUGCCGCUCCUACCUCGGCUGGAAAUACGAAAUGGCUUAUGAGCAAGAGCAGCGCUACAAAAUCGGCAAAGUCAUUCUAGAAAAGGCACACAUUGAACGCGAAAGCGGCUGGCACUGA